UCCGUGAUGUUCUUGAUUCAAGUCCGACUUAUUCGGAAGGGUCUAUGUAUUGCAUGUCUUUUCUUAGUUCUUAGCUUCUGUAAGAAAACCAUAAAUUUUAGCUGUAAUGGACAUAGAAUCGUCUGUCUUGAUCGACGUAACCAGCCAUUGUGGAUCGAUGUGAAUGUGUUCUAUCAGUUUCAUUCAUGUUUUGGACUGAUCAUCAGUUCAUGCUGAAGCAAGCAAAUUAAGAUUUUCUGAUUUUGAAGAAUAGAGGCUUUGUUUGGAAUUAAAGAUGGGAUUUUUAAGCAUAUGCAUAUUAUAUAUAGUGAUGGUGAUUGGUUUAGUGGCUGUGGAGGGAAAGCCACAGAGGAUUCUGUUGGACACUGAUGUUGAUACCGAUGAUAUUUUCGCGCUUUUGUACAUUUUGAAGCUCAAUCGAUCAGAAAUUCAUUUGCAGGCGGUUACGAUCAACGCCAAUUCGUGGAGCGACGCAGGGCAUGCGGUGAAUCAUGUCUACGAUAUUCUCUACAUGAUGGGGAGAGAUGACGUGGCCGUCGGAGUCGGCGGCGAAGGGGGAAUACUCGACGGCGGCGAGAUAUCGCCGGAUGUCGGAGGGUAUCAACCGAUAAUCGAUCAGGGCAAUGGCACCGCCGGAUAUUGUCGAUAUCGGCAAGCGAUUCCCGCCGGCCAUGGCGGAAGACUGGACAUCGAUACUAAUUUUGGAUUCCGGCGAAGCUUCCUCCCGCAGGGCAGGAGGAGAUACUCGCCUCUGCAUCAGCCCACAGCUCAGAGAGUGAUGACAGACGCCAUUUCUGCAGCUCCGAUCACAGUACUCACCAUCGGAACAGCCACAAAUCUAGGCAUUUUUAUGAUGAGCAAUCCACAUCUGAAGAAGAACAUUAAGCACGUGUACAUCAUGGGAGGUGGCGUGAGGUCCAAAAACCCGACGGAUUGCGGCCGGAAGAACUCCCGGCAGCCUCGCCAGUGCCGCGACAGGGGAAACAUAUUCACUGACUUCACAUCAAAUCCUUAUGCAGAGUUCAACAUGUUUGGAGAUCCUUUUGCUGCAUACCAGGUGAUCCAUUCCGGAAUUCCGGCAACUCUUGUUCCUUUGGAUGCCACAAACACCAUUCCAUUGACUGCAGAGUUUUUUGAGGAAUUCGAGAGGAAUCAGCACACCUUCGAGGCGCAGUACUGCUUCAAGUCCUUAAAAAUUGCGCGAGACUCCUGGUUCGACGACCAAUUUUUCACGAGUUACUUCAUGUGGGAUUCAUUUCUGUCCGGAGUGGCGACUUCAGCCAUGCUCAAGCUUAACCCAAACAGCAAUGGCGAGAAUGACUUUGCAGAGAUGGAGUACAUGAACAUCACUGUGAUCACUUCCAACAAGCCUUACGGCAUAUCCGACGGCUCAAAUCCGUUCUUCGACGGCCGGACAAAGCCAAAGUUCAACUUAAAGCGCAAUGGUGUUCACAGCGGCCAUGUCCAAACCCGGCUUCGCGAUCCAUUUUGCAUUUCCGAGAGCGGGAACGGCAGGUGCAAGGAUGGAUGUACCUCAGAAGUAGCCGGUCGAGAAGGAGUGCGCGCUCUUGUCGCUGUUAGAGCCAAGCCUAAUCGUCACGACGAAAAAUUUAAACUGAACAAAGAAUUCUUGAGAAGCUUUCUAGACGUUAUAAACAGGCCACGACACGCCGGGAAGUUCAAUUUCACGACACAAUUUCCUCAUUACAGAGAAGUUCAUUACAAGCCGGAUUACAAGGGGCGAAACCUCGGCAAGACUGUUGUUUUCGACAUGGAUAUGAGUGCAGGAGAUUUUCUUGCCCUGUUUUACCUUCUCAAAACUCCUGUCGAAGUUAUAAACCUUAAGGCAAUACUAGUGACUCCGACCGGAUGGGCUAAUGCCGCGACAAUAGAUGUAAUCUACGAUUUGCUACACAUGAUGGGGCGCGACGACAUUCCCGUUGGUCUAGGAGAUAUGUUUGCUCUUAAUCAAUCUGAUCCCAUUUUUUCAGCUGUAGGAGAUUGCAAAUACAGCAAAGCCAUUCCACACGGCAGCAGUGGAUUCCUCGAUUCGGACACAUUAUUCGGGCUGGCUCGUGAUUUGCCUCGAAGUCCUCGGAGGUACACAGCGGAGAAUUCAGUGAGAUUCGGAGCUCUUCGAGACACCGAUCGCCCUGACCUCAGACAGCCACUAGCCGUUGAGGUGUGGGAACAUUUGAUCGAAUCAAUCGAGCCCGGAUCAAAAAUCACGAUUUUGGCGAACGGGCCGUUGACAAAUGUAGCAAAGAUAUUACUCUCGAGCAAAGAAUCGAGCUUUCGAAUUCAGGAAAUAUUCGUUGUCGGAGGACUUAUCCGCAGCCAUAAGAAUGACAAAGGGAAUGUGUUCAACGUACCUUCGAACCGAUAUGCAGAGCUCAAUAUGUUUCUUGAUCCUCUGGCUGCAAAGAUAGUUUUCGAAUCCAGACUCGGCAUAACUCUGAUCCCGCUCAACGUGCAGCGCAAAGUCGGGGAAUUCGUUGAGGUUUUAGAAUGCCUCUCCUUAACAAAGAAAACACCUGAAGCUACAUUCACGACGCAUUUACUUUCAAGAUUGCAACGGCUAAAAUCGACGCAUCAUAGAUAUCACCGCAUGGAUAUGUUCUUGGGAGAAAUUCUUGGAGCAGUGAUCUUAGCAGGAGACAAUACAAUUCUAAAGACAACCUACAAAGAAAGGAGAGUCGAGAUUUUAGCAACAGGUGAAGAAUCCGAAGACGGGGUAAUAAAAGAGCACGACAAAGGAAGCUUCGUUAAGGUAUUGGAAAACGUAGACACAUUGGCUUAUUACAAAGCUUUUGCAGAUCGACUAGGCGAAGAUAAACAGUCUGCUGUAGUCGGGAGCUUCAACGAUCAAAAAAGGCUGUGGCGAAGGAGUCGAACUUGUAGUGAGUGAUAUUUAGUUAUGCAAAGUUCUAACAUGUUUCUACACCCUUUGGCUGCAAAGACAGGUCUCGACAAGGUUGUAAAAAGGCCUCGACUUGACGAGGAUUAUGCGCCGCAACUUUUUAAAUCGACACUUACAAGUAAGUCGAAAAAAGAAAACAUCCUUUUGUGCAUAGUGAUGGAUAGAAAUGCAUUCAUAGUUUCUUAAAUACAAACUUAGAGAGGAUAACAAUGGAGACAUAUAUGUGUUUGUUUAGGUCUCUGUCGGAAAAGAUUCAUCUGUAAGAAGUUUGCUUCUUGUCUGCAUUUUUUGCUGCAGAACAAGACAAUGAGACAACAAAGAUUGAUUGAAUUAAUACGAAGUAUGGACUGACAACAUAUGAUUGAAUUAAUACGAUAUGUAUUGUGUGGAUUUUUACUAUGUUUACUAACAUCGAUUGUUGUGUAAACUAUUACCAUUAUCACAGCGUGUGUUGUGUAAAGUAUUAUCACAUAUUGUUAGUUUAUAUGUUGUACUUGUGAAUGGAGAAUAAAUUGUCAGCGUGUACAACAUGUAUUGUGCAAAUGGUUACCAUGUAUAAAUUUUUUAGUAUAUUCCGAUGUUGUAUUUUUGAGCACAUGAGUAUAAAUUGAC